GUUUGAAAGAAAGAAACCAACGUGGAGGCUUACCCAGAUGACAAACCUUAGUGGGUGAGUCCUCGCUCGCAUGAAUGAACCAUUCAUCUUCAAUUCUUCAAUCCAAAAAUCCAUUCCUUCUUUCCCAUUUAACAACCCCUUUUUCUUAGAUUUUUCAUUUUUCUUCAACUUUCUUUCUCUCUCUUGAUUCUGACCUCUGAAACAAACCAGGGAGAGAAGGAAGAAGAAGAUGAAGGGUGAAGGAGGAGGAGGGAAGAGAGGUGGUGGUGGUGUGGAAGGUGGUGCUGAGAGAAGGUACAAAGGAAUCAGGAUGAGGAAGUGGGGGAAGUGGGUUGCUGAAAUCAGAGAACCAAACAAGCGUUCCAGGAUUUGGCUCGGUUCAUACUCCACCCCUGUCGCCGCCGCCAGAGCCUACGACACCGCCGUUUUCUACCUCCGGGGACCCUCCGCGCGCCUCAACUUCCCGGAGCUUCUUGCCGGAGAACGCGCCGCCUUCGUUGGCGGCGACUGCGAUAUGUCGGCAGCUUUUAUCAGGAAGAAAGCGACAGAGGUCGGUGCCAGAGUCGAUGCUCUCCAGUCGGCAACUCUUCCCCUUCCCCACCACAACCACCACCCUCGUGCGGCGCCGGUGCCGGAGCUUCUCAUAGGCGGUGGAGGCGGCGGGUCUGGAGAUUUUGCGGAGCGGGUUGACCUGAAUAAAUUACCAGAACCCGAGAGUUCGGAUGAAUGGGAUGUGAGCUGAGAAGAAAGUGAAAUGAUGCUGUCUUUUUUUUCUGGGUCGGUGGUGGUUGCUAACAUGCGCCAUGGAGGUUACAUGACGGCUGAAGCAAAUUGAUCUUUGUUGAUGAGGCCUUUGAUGUUGGUGUUACUGUUAUGGAUUACUGUACUGUAUCUCUUCCUUCUUUUCUUUUCUCUUUUUUUUUUUAGAUUUUACAGGAGAAAUUUUGGCGUUGUAAAAUUGUUUAAAUGUAAAUUAACUAGUAUCUAUUAGUAGAAUCUUUUUCUUCUUAGUUUUUGUUGUGGCUUUAGUUUAGUUAUCUUCAUGUUUCAACAAGAGGCAGAUGAUAAAUUCCUUA